AGUAAACUCUCUUUUUGUCUCUAUUGUUGAAAAAAUGGAAGUGAGAGGCCCAGUGAUAUGGAUGUUCUUAAUGUGUUGCAUAUUUGGUCACUUAAUUGUAAGUCAUAAGAAUGACUUAGUGGAAGCCAAAAGCUUUUCAAAAUCUGAAGAUUUGGAAAUCGAGAAGAGACUACAGACUAUCAACAAACCCGCCGUCAAGAACAUCAAGACCAUAGAUGGAGAAAUAUACGGAUGUGUGGAUUUCUUCAAGCAACCAGCAUUUGAUCAUCCUUCUAUGAAGAAUCACACAUACCAUUACAAGAUGCGUCUAAUCUGGAAAGAAAUGGGAGAAAGAGAGACAAACAAUACUGCUUUUGGUUACUUAUGGGAGAAUGGUGUGGGUUGUCCCAUUGGUACAGUCCCUAUGCAAAGAGUCACCAAAGACGAUCUUUUAAGAUUAGACUCAUUUGGUGAUAAUCAUAAACCCUGUGGUUCUUGGAACACUACCACUUAUGAUCCUAAUAAUGUUGUUCAUUACAACCAACAUCGUUUUGCGGUAGCUCGAACGAAGAACAUAGGAAGGAGGUUCAAUGGAGCAACGAUGGAACUUUGUAUAACCGCUCCUAAGGUUAAGCCAACCCAAUUCAGUGCUUCAAGACUUCACAUUCAGAUGGGAAGGGAUUUCCUCCAAGCCGGUUUGACUGUAAAUCCAGUAUUGUACAAGGACAAGCAACCUCGAACUUUUGUCUAUACAGAUUCAAAUGGAAACUCAUGUUACAAUACCAACUGCAACGUUGGAAUAGUACUUAUUCGUCAUGACAUUGCACUUGGUAUGUCAUUGGUGCCAGUGUCUACUCGUGGUGAUUGGCCAAAAUACUAUACAAAGAUCGGUCUAGUCAAGGAGAGAAAAAAUGGAAAUUGGUGGUUGCAAAUGGGUGGUAAUUAUGAGCCAGUAAAUAUUGGAUUUUGGCCGGGGCAUAGGUUUCAACAAAGCUAUGGAAAUUAUGUCGAGUGGGGUGGAGAAGUGUACAGGGCAUCACUGCCGAGUCCUCAAAUGGGAUAUGGAUAUUUUCCAAUUCAGGAUAAAAAUUAUGAUGCAUAUAUCCAACACAUAUCCAUACGCGACCGUUAUUAUAACAUAGACCGCAAUGUGGACUAUCUCGAAGACUAUUCAGACGAUAAUCGAGGCUAUCAAGUGAUAGACACCCGAGAUCCUAUACAUAGGGCCGGUCAUAUAAUCUUUUAUGGUGGUCCAGGAAAUAUCUAG